AUGGAAUCUAAUACCGAUCAAGACAGAAGCGUCAUGUUAUCCCGGAGUAACAGUGGAUCAAGCACUACACAGAUAAACAGUAAUUUGACGGGUUUUCAAUUGUCUUUCGAUAGUGAUGAUUUUAUUUCAGAAUCAAUUCCCUAUCUAUCAUCGAAUGAAAUUAUCGACGAACAAAUUGAAGAUAACCCCGAUGCGAUCCUGUAUGAAAUAAAUGAAGUAUACGAUGUUAUUUUCCGAGCAUUUGAAGAAGCAAGAUUAUCUGAAGAACCAGUUGAACGUACCUUUGAAAUUGAAUUGGAUACAGAAUUGAUGGAAAUUGUUUCCGCCAUUGACCACUCUUCUGAUGUUAAGAUGAUAAAAGAUAAAUUCCGUGAGCUUUCUCGAUUUCUCAUCUGGCCAAUUGAAUCUGGCUCUGGUUAUUAUUGGGAAAUACGAAAAAUACACUUACGUACAAGACAUAAACAGUUAACGAAUUCCGCUACCAUGUAUCUUGGAUGUACAAUGCGAGAUGAUCGAGCAUGGCAACGCCCAGAAGACCAAACUGUUAUAAGACGGAGUGAAACUCGUGCACCUAUUAAUAGAUAUAACUGUGCUGGAAAUAUUAACCUAUCCAUUGAUGUAGCGAACAGACGAGCUGUAGUCAAUAUUUCCCAUCAGCUUCAACACGAACAUCCAACAUACCGACGGGUAAUGUUUCCUGAUAAAGCAAAAGAGUGGAUCAGAACAAACAUACAUUAUAUUUUGCAAAACACGAGCGUAUAUCGAAGACUCUGUGAUGAAAACCUUAUAAAUCCAGAGAUACAUACGAAAGAGCAAGUAUACUACUGGACAUCAUUGUAUAAAAGAAAUAGUUAUAUAAUGAAUCGGGAAAACCAACUUGUCUCAGCAAAACUAUACCUCGAACAGCCUAAGUUCUCUGUAAAAGGAUUCAAGACGCUCACAUACAUAGAAAACGAAUUUGUGCGGGCACUGGGAUUCAUAACGCCAUUGUUCGGAAGUAUUGGUGCUGAAACAGUAACAGAGGUUAUCAUUGAUUCCACAUUCAAAACAAAUCAAGAACGGUUUGAACUGUUUGCAGUAAACGCUAAUUGUGGAGGGUACGGUAUGCCUAUUGCAUAUUUAUACCUCUGUACUUACGAUGGCACAGAAGAAGCUCGAUCCAAUCCCGAAAAUACAAUCCAAACUCGAGUUGAGGCACUACAGAAAUUUUUCACCAACCUUCGACAAGAGGGACUUAAGCCAGCAUUUGUUCUCUUAGAUAAAGAUGCAGGAGAGAUAUCAGCUGUAAGUGCAGCAUGGUCAUGGAUCGCAAAUAUUCAAUUGUGUUAUUGGCACUUAGAACACGCUAUUGAUCGAAGGUUAAAAGACAGAAAAUCAAAAACACGAAUGUAUACUGAAACUAAGGCUUUAGAAGCAAACCGUAUUUUUAGUUUUAUUGAUCCAUCUUGGAUUAUGAGAGACAAUGACAAUAAUAGUCUUUGGUGUCCAGAUGAGUCUGUGAAAGAACUAUUAGAUAUGGUUAAAAAACAUGCGAAUAUGCAUCCACUCAUUCCACUAUCAAAGAAUACUUUCCUAAAUUCAAGAGAAAUAUACCACCAUUGUGUCAGAGAGGUGUAUCAAUUCUGUCAUUCACGAGAUCUAAGAAAACUAUGGGGUUAUUUAUGGAUGAGUUGGUACAAUGAAAAAGACUGGAAACUAUUCGCUCGAUCUUCCUACUCACCUGCCAUGCCGUUGGCACGCACAACAAUGAUUACGGAAAGUCACUGGCGUGUGCUGAAAUACAAUUACAAAUAUUAUUACAACAGACCGCGACUCGAUCAUCUUACCCAAAUCUUGGCUGAACAGCUAAUUCCCGACUUCGAAUUCAAGUUAGCGCAGUAUAAUCGAAACCGUGGAUUUCCGACUUGGUGGCAGAAUUUUAAAAAGGACUGGAACAGCAUCUCGUUAGCUGAUAUUGAGCCUGGAAUGGAUGACAGAUAUCAUGUUGAUAUUAAUAACUGGAUAUGCUCAUGUCCCGCAUACUUAAGGAGUAGAUAUCUCAUUUGCAAACAUCUCGUCUGUAAAAAAAAUGGUAGACAGUUUAUACCCACAUACACUGAAACAGCACGCCGCCAUGAUUAUCCCUUUCUUGUCUUCGAAAACAAUAAUCUUCCGACUAUUACCCCGACAAACAAUCCUUGGGUUAUGUAUGGGAUGAAUGAGGAACUUGACACUCACAAUGAGGAAGAUUCUGGUACAGUCAUCGAACAAGAAACACUUGAGCAUACCGGACUCGAUGUGCUGGCAGAGAGGCGUCAGCGGCUGGCUGUAUAUAGAAGAAAGUUCGAAGCCGCACUAGCGUUGUAUGAACGGGAAAUAGACAACGACGAUUUCGUAAGAAAUUACGAUGCACUG